AUGGGUGAACACGACGACGAACUCUCCACCAGCAAAACCGAGGGAUUCAAGGUCGGAGAGAAGAAGACCAUUGCAGAAUACACCAACCUGGACCAAAACGACGAAUCUCUCAACAGAUGGAAGGCAUCUCUCGGCUUGAAUACCGGUGAACCCAUCGGCGACCCCAACGACCCAAGAACAUGCAUCAUCCAAUCACUCGCCAUUGAGACACCCGGAAAGCCCGAUAUCACCCUCGACCUGACUGGUACCAACGCCCUUGAGACUCUCAAGGACAAACCAUUCACAAUCAAGGAGGGAUCCAAGUUCUUCACCAAGGUCGUCUUUCAGGUGCACCGUGAUGUAUUGAGUGGAUUGAAAUAUGUCCAUGUGGUUAAGCGCAAGGGUAUCACAGUUACCAAGGAUGAGGAGAUGCUCGGAAGUUAUGCGCCAAACACAACCGGCAAACCUUCAUAUGAGAAACGAUUCCACGAAGAAGAGGCUCCUUCCGGCAUGCUUGCUCGAGGACAUUAUAACGUAAAAUCACGAUUCGUGGAUGACGAUGGCCACAUCCAUCUCGAAUUCAUGUGGUCUUUUGACAUUGCCAAAGAGUGGGCGCAUUAG